AUUAUAUUCCAUAUAUGAAAUUCGUCAACUUUCCAAAAUUUACCUACACCAUCUCCCUCUCAAAAUUUUAUAUAUCCAUCCAUACAUAUUAAGUAUACAUUGUGUCAGAAGAGUUUGAAUCUGCGAGACUAGAAGAUAAUCUCCCAUUUUCAUCGUUCCGGAGAAAAUUCAAUGGAAUCUAAGGCCAGCCGCCGGCUUCAAACUAUUCACAACCACAUCACCUCUGCCGCCGCCGAUCCUCACUCAACACUGCAACAAAAUCAAACAGCCGGUGAGUUUUUCACAGAACAAGGAUACAGUGUUGUUCUUCCGGAGAAAUUGAAGACAGGGAAGUGGAAUGUUUACAGAUCUGCGACCUCUCCUUUGAAGUUAGUCAGUAGGUUCCCUGAUCAUCCUGACAUAGGUACCUUACAUGAUAAUUUUGUUUAUGCAUCUGAAACCUUCCGGGAUUACAAGUAUUUGGGUACACGGAUUAAUGAAGAUGGAGCAAUAGGAGAAUACAAAUGGACCACUUAUGGGGAAGCAGCUAAAGCUCGGUUAGCUAUUGGUUCUGGGUUAGUGGCCCAUGGAAUACCCAAGGGAUCCUGUAUUGGAUUAUACUUUAUCAACAGACCCGAGUGGAUAAUUGUUGAUCAUGCUUGCUCUGCAUAUUCUUACAUAUCUGUCCCUUUAUAUGAUACCCUUGGUCCGGAUGCUGUGAAGUAUAUUGUGAAUCAUUCUUCUACACAAGCUAUAUUUUGUGUGCCACAGACAUUGCAUAUUUUGCUGAGCUUUUUGUCAGAGAUUCCUUCUGUGCGUUUGAUAGUGGUGGUUGGAGGGCUAGAUGAGUUAAUGCCAUCUCUUCCAUCAGAGAUUGGAGUGAAGGUUGUAUCAUUUUCAAAGCUUAUUGCUCAGGGAAGUAAUGAUCGGCACCCUUUUUGUCCACCAAAACCAGAUGAUGUUGCUACAAUAUGUUAUACAAGUGGUACAACUGGGACACCAAAGGGGGCUGUACUUUCCCAUGGAAACCUGAUUGCAAAUGUUGCUGGUGGAAGUCUUGAAAUUAAGUUCUAUCCAUCGGAUGUUUAUAUAUCUUAUCUUCCUUUGGCACACAUAUAUGAAAGGUCCAACCAAAUCAUGUUGGCAUACUAUGGUGGCUCAACUGGAUUUUAUCAAGGAGACAGCUUGAAAUUAUUGGAUGACAUGGCGGAAUUGAGACCUACUAUCUUCUGCAGUGUUCCACGAUUAUAUAACAGAGUAUAUGAUGGUGUUAUGAAUGCAGUAAAGUCAUCUGGUGGUCUGAAAGAAAGACUGUUUAAUGUUGCAUUUAAUGCGAAAAAGCAAGCAAUACUUAAAGGCAAGAAUGCAUCUCCUAUGUGGGACAGAUUAGUAUUUAACAAAAUAAAAAACAAACUUGGUGGACGUGUUCGUUUUAUGGUUUCAGGUGCAUCACCCUUGUCUCCUGAGGUCUUGGAUUUUCUUAAAGUGUGUUGUGGUUGUUCCGUAGUGGAGGGGUAUGGAAUGACCGAGAGUUCUUGUGUUAUAACUUCUAUGAAUAAGAAUGAUGUCCUCUCUGGUCAUGUAGGCGCCCCUAACCCUGCUUGCGAGGUAAAGCUUGUGGAUGUUCCUGAGAUGAACUAUACAUCUGAUGAUCAACCAUACCCUCGUGGUGAAAUUUGUGUGAGGGGCCCAAUUGUCUUCCAAGGUUACUACAAAGAUGAAGUGCAAACAAGAGAAGUGAUAGAUGAAGAAGGAUGGCUUCAUACAGGAGACAUAGGGUUGUGGGCACCUGGAGGCAGAUUAAAGAUUAUUGAUAGGAAAAAGAACAUUUUUAAAUUGGCACAGGGAGAGUACAUAGCUCCUGAGAAAAUUGAGAAUGUAUAUGUUAAGAGCAAAUUUGUUGCACAAUGCUUUGUUUAUGGUGACAGCUUCAACUCAUCUUUAGUUGCUAUUGUCUGUGUGGACCCUGAUAUGCUGAAAGCAUUUGCUGCUAAAGAUGGAAUAAAGUUUGAAAGUUUAGAACAAGUGUGCAAUGACCCAAGGACAAGGACUGCUGUUCUGGCUGACAUGGAUGCCAUUGGAAAAGAAGCUCAGUUGAGAGGUUUCGAGUUUGCAAGAUCCGUCACAUUGAUAGCUGAACCAUUCACCAUGGAGAAUGGCUUGCUCACUCCAACUUUUAAGGUGAAGAGACCACAAGCAAAGGCGUACUUUGCAAAAGCAAUAGAAAAAAUGUAUGAAGAGGUUUCGGCAUCUGAAAAAACUUUUGUGAGAUGAGAAGAUGUUUUGUUUGUUGUAAGUGUUGUAAUUUGGUUUGUAAUAUUUGUAUUGUUCCUUUUUGUUCAUAUAGAAUUUUUCAAUAGGUUGUGACAAUAUUGAAAUGUAUUUGCAUGGAAUUGUAUCAUUUAACUAUAUAUGCUCACAAACAGUGGCGGACCUUAGUAGGGCAUUUGGGGUCCGGGCCACUGCUCAAUUUCAGG